AUGGUCCGGGCGCGGACGCAGCUGUCGACGAGGCUGAUGAACGUCUGCCUCGCGGCGCUCUGCCGCGGCGGGAGCCUCGCCCGCGCGGAGUCCGUCCUCGUGGACGCCAUCCGCCUCGGCAUGCCCCCCGACGUCGUCACCUACAACACCCUCCUCGCCGCGCACUGCCGCGCCUCGGGCCUGGACGCCGGGCUCGCCGUCCUGCGCCGGAUGCGGGAGGCCGGGGUGGGCGCCGACGCCGUCACCUACAACUCCCUCAUCGCCGGCGCCGCCAGGGGCGGGCUCACGGUGCGCGCCCUCGACCUGUUCGACGAAAUGCUCCAGGCGGGCAUCGCGCCCGACGCCUGGGGCUACAACGCGCUCAUGCACUGCCUCUUCCGGUCCGGCCACCCCGAGGAUGCCUACCGGGUGUUCGCCGACAUGGCCGAGAAGGGCGUCGCGCCGUGCGCCACCACCUACAACACGCUCCUCGACGGGCUCUUCAGGUCCGGCCACGUCAGCAACGCCUACAGGAUGUUCAGGUACCUGCAGAGGGCGGGGCUCCCGGUCGGCAUCGUCACGUACAACACCAUGAUCAACGGGCUGUGCAGGUCAGGCAGGGUCGGCUACGCCCGCAUGGUCCUCAGGGAGCUCGGGAGGACCGCGUACGCCCCGAACGCCGUCACCUACACCACGGUCAUGAAAUGCUGCUUUAGGUACGGCAGGUUUGACCAGGGGCUGGAGACCUUCUUGUCGUUGCUGGAGGGAGGCUACAUCCCAGAUCUCUUCCCUUACUGCACUGUGAUCAGCGCGUUGGUCAAGAAGGGACGGAUGGAAGAAGCCAAUACCUACAGCGAGCUAAUGAUACGGAGCGGGUUCAGGCUUGACAGUGCAUGCUAUAAUACGCUGAUUUACCUGCGGUGCCAGGAAGGGAAGCUGGAUGACGCGUUUGAGCUGCUCAGUAUGAUGGAAGAAGGCGGCCUGGAGAGUGAUGAGUACACCUUCUCGAUUUUGGUCAAUGGUUUGUGCAAGAUGGGACAUAUCGAGGCUGCACAGAAGCAGUUAUGUUACAUGGAGAUGAGGGACAUGGAAUCGAAUGUGGUAGCGUACAAUUGCUUGGUGGAUGCACUCUGCAAAUCGGACCAGGUGGAUGCAGCCAUCAAAUUACUGCAUGACAUGAAACUAAGAGAUGACUUCACUUACACAGCAUUAGUCCAUGGUCUAUGUAAGGUGGGUAGGUACCACAUGGCAUCCAAAUUCUUGCGGAUCUGCUUGCGUGAAGGGAACAGUGUUCUUGCAUCCGCAAAACGUGCUGUCAUUGCUGGCCUUCGUAGCGCAGGGUUUAAAAAUGAUGUCAGGAAAGUUCGGUCAGCAUUACGUAUGGCUAGGCUGUUAAAACCAUAAUCCAAGGAAACAGCCUGCAACUUGGCUGGGUGAUCCGGCAGAAUCGACAAGAUCAGUUGAGCAGUGAAACUAGAAUGUGGAUGAUCCUGCAUUAAGAUGAAAGUCAAACAUCCAAUUGGUGUGACAUACACUGGAUGAAGGAAAGAAGGACCAUGUUGCUGUAGAUGGUGCUACUACUUUUAUACAUCAGUUCUUCUUGGAGACACCACAUUGGCUGCUAAUGAUGCAGUAUGCAAUCAGCAUUGCCAGUUUGUCACCCUUAGAGCUAAGUGUCAACUAAAAUUAAACAGCCAGGGAAGAUGCAACACAUGACCACUAUAGCAAGGAAGCUAUUUCUGCCUGCUUCAUGCCUCAUGUUGGACCAUAAUGUUUCCAGACGAAUAUUGUUUGGGUGUCUCUGAAAUAAAAUCCAAGAAUUAUUAGCAUUCCAAACUUCCAGUUGAGGUGAUUUGGUGCAGUUGAUUUAAGCAGGAGCCUGUUGCUCCAGACAAAGAUGUGCACACUGCAGCACAAGAGCACAAAAUGCAAACAUUGUUACUUAGUAGAUAAGAAUCCACCUGUUCACCAUUUUUUGCUUCAUUGUUUAGUUCUUGUGAACCAGGAGAAAAUGAUUUUUUUGUGUGUAUUACAUCAUGCAAC